GAGAAAUCAUGUUAAGCCGGUCUGACAUUUAAAUGACAACUAAAAGAUAAACAUUCUUAUCAAGUGAAGGCGUUGAUACAACUAAAAAUAAAAUAAACUUAAAAUACUUAAAAUGUCGAUCAACCUUAAAAAACACCAAGAAAAUAUAAUCAAUGCUUGGAAAGAUGUUCUAGACGAAAAAUCUUCUACAGAUUGGGCUUUAUUCGGGUAUGAUGGUCAAAGUAACGACCUAAAAGUUGUUUCUACUGGAAAUGGGGGCUUAGAUGAACUCGUUGAUGAAAUGAAUAGCAGUAAAAUUAUGUAUGCAUUUUUAAAAGUGACUGAUCCACAAACUAGUCUACACAAAUAUGUUUUUAUAAAUUGGCAGGGAGAAGGUGCCCCAGUAGUUAGAAAAGGUACCUGUGCUGGUCAUGUUGGUGAAGUUGCGCGAUUGCUUCAUGGAGCACAUGCUACAUUGCAUGCCCGUGCGGAAGAAGAUUUAGAUCAUGAUAGAAUCAUAAAACUUGUUGCAACAGGAGCUUCCAGAUAUGAUUUCAAAGCCCCAAGACAAGAACCUGAACCUUGCAAACCUGUUACUAGCACAUAUAAGAGAAUAAUACCAAGUCUAGAAAUUAACUCAAAGGAGCGUAAUUCCUUCUGGCAAAAGGAACAGGAAAAUGAGAAAAAAAGGUUUGAAGCAGAAGCACAGAAAAAAAUUUGGCUAGUCAACAGUAAACAAAAAAUAAUUGAAGCAAAACAACAUCGAGAAGAAGAAAGUAAUAAUGUCAGCAAAGAUAAAAAGCUAACACCUACAGAGGAAGCUAAAACUAUAAUACAAUCAAACAGAUCAAUUGCUAAUAGUAGAGCUAUUUUUGAGAAAGCCAGCACUCCACAAUUGCAAAAGAACCCAGCACCAGCCAAGCCUUUACGAAAUUCAAUAGUUCAGAGAUCUAUAGCUGCUUUGGCAGCAACUGCUGAAGUUAAAAGUAAUCACUCUUCAGAAGUAGUAGAAGAAAAUAAAGAAAAUAUAAAAGACUUUAAAGAAAGUACUAAAGACAUUGAUAAUACAUUCCAAAAUCAACCUGAAAAUGUUGCCACAAAUUGUGCUGAAAGUGCAGACAAUGAUAUAAAAGCAUCUUCUAAUGAUGAUUGCCAGAACUAUGAUUGUAAUUCAGAAACAGAAGAUGAAAAGUAUUCUACUAUUAAAAGAACUCCGCAAAGUAACAAAGUUAUUGAAAAUGAAGUUGUUAAACAAGUUGAUGAAAUUGCUGCUUUAGAAGUGAUAGGACAAAAUAAUGAAGAUGAAUUAGUUUACAAAACUACAGAUUCAGAAGUAUAUGACUUAUAUAAUGACUAUGGAGAUUUAGGACUGAAAGCUAGAGCUUUAUAUGAUUAUCAAGCAGCUGAUGAGACUGAAAUUACCUUUGAUCCUGGUGAUAUUAUAACACAUAUUGAUUGUAUUGAUGAGGGAUGGUGGCAAGGAUUAGCCCCUGAUGGCGCUUUUGGUUUAUUUCCUGCUAACUAUGUAGAAAUUAUACAAUAAAUGACAUUAUUUUAUGAAAGAACAAUAGAUUAGACAUACUCCAUAACUUUAAGAAACCUGAAAUGUGAGGCCAAAGUAUUUUUAAAUAUUUCUCUAUACAACCCUCAACUCCAUUAGCUUCUGAAGGUAUUCAAAUAUUUUAACGGGAAUAAGUAUUAUAGAAAUUAUAUUUCAAAGUAUACCUUAUUAAUCAAAGUAUAAUAUACAUG